UCAGCCAAUCACAUGGCGACAGUCUCAUCCAGACGCACAGAGGCGCUGCGCGGUGUGAGGGUGCGGAGCGGACCUGUGUGAGGACAAGUCCGACCGGGACACAGUCGCAGACAGACAGGCGGGUGGUCUCGACAGGCACCUCGGAGAACAUGUCGGGCAUCGCGAGCAAGCUGCAGCACAUGCGAGAGCGCACACGCGGCGUCGGCUCCAACGACCGCGCGGUGAAACACCUGAACCAGGACUACGAGUCUCUGAGGGCCGGCUGCCUGCAGGGAGGGCGCCUGUUCGAGGACGACUGCUUCGAGGCGCUGCCCUCGUCCCUGGGCUUCAACGAGCUGGGACCAAGUUCCCACAAAGUGCGGGGCAUCACCUGGAGGAGACCCCAGGACAUAUGUUCCAAUCCAAAAUUCAUAGUUGAAAAUGCCACCAGGACCGACAUUUGUCAAGGAGCACUUGGUGACUGCUGGCUCCUCGCAGCCAUCGCCUCCUUGACCCUCAACAAGCAGGUCCUGUCUCGGGUCGUCCCCCACGACCAAAGCUUUGACGAGAACUACGCCGGCAUCUUUCACUUUGAGUUCUGGCAGUUUGGAGAGUGGGUGGAUGUGGUGGUUGACGACCGCUUGCCCACCAAAGAUGGCGAGCUGCUGUUCGUUCACUCAGAGGAGGGCUCUGAGUUUUGGAGUGCACUGCUGGAGAAGGCCUAUGCCAAGCUGAACGGAUGCUACGAGGCUCUCUCUGGAGGCAGCACCACUGAGGGCUUCGAGGACUUCACUGGAGGCAUUGCAGAGAGUCACGACCUGAACAAGGCCGAUCCCCGUCUCUUCAAAAUCAUGAAGAAGGCCCUGGAAAGAGGCUCUCUCCUGGGAUGCUCCAUUGAUAUCACAAAUUCCGGUGACUCAGAAGCUGUCACAUAUCGCAAGCUGGUGAAGGGCCAUGCCUAUUCAGUGACAGGAGCAGACCAGGUGGAGUACAGAGGAGACGUGGUGCAGCUGGUCAGGAUUAGAAACCCAUGGGGUAAGGUGGAGUGGAAUGGAGCCUGGAGUGACAGUUCUACAGAAUGGAGAUAUGUGAGCGGUGACGAUCGGGAGAGGCUGACCAACCGUUCUGAGGACGGGGAGUUCUGGAUGUCAUUUUUUGACUUCCUGCGCCAAUAUUCUCGCCUUGAGAUCUGCAACCUCACCCCUGAUGCCCUCACAGGCGACGAGUACAAGAAGUGGGCAGAGUCAGAGUUUGAAGACACUUGGAGGAGGGGCGUGUCAGCUGGUGGCUGCAGAAACUAUCCAAAUUCCUUCUGGAUGAAUCCUCAGUUCAUCAUUAAGCUGGAUGAGGUGGAUGAUGACCCUGAUGAUGGUGAGGAGGGCUGCACCGUCAUCGUGGGCUUGAUGCAGAAGAACAAGCGUCGUAAGAGGAAACUAGGGGAAGACAUGGAGACCGUUGGGUUUGCCAUCUACGAGCUGCCUGAGGAGUACUCUGGCCAAAGGCAAGUGCACUUGAAGAAAAACUUCUUCCUGAACAACUGCUCUGCCGCACGCUCAGAGACCUUCAUCAACCUGCGGGAAGUGAGCAGCCACUUCUGUCUUCCCCCGGGAGAGUACCUCAUCAUCCCCUCCACCUUUGAGCCCAACAAGAAUGGAGACUUUUAUGUGCGGGUGUUCUCUGAGAAACAGGCGGAUUUCCAAGAGAUUGAUGAUCCUGUGGACUGCCAUGUUGAGCAGAUUGAUAUUGAUGAAGAUGACAUCUCUGACAGAUUCAAGAGACUGUUCGGACAGCUUGCCGGACAUGAUGUGGAGAUUUCUGCAUUUGAACUGCAGAGAAUCCUCAACAAAGUGGUGACGAAGAGAGAUGACAUCAAAACCAACGGGUUCAGCCUGGCGACUUGCCGCAACAUGGUCAAUCUGCUGGAUAAAGAUGGAAGCGGUAAGCUGGGAUUGGUAGAAUUUAAGAUCCUGUGGACAAAGAUUGAGAAGUUCCUGGAUCUGUACAAAGAGAGAGACACAGACCAAAGUGGCUGCAUGAGUUCGUCUGAGAUGCGGAUGACUGUUGAGGCUGCUGGUUUUACUCUAAACAACUCUCUGCAUCAGAUAAUUGUGGCCCGCUACAGUGAACUAGACCUCACCAUUGACUUUGACAAUUUUGUGUGCUGCCUGAUUCGCUUGGAGUCACUCUUCAACACCUUCAAGGCCCUGGACAAGGAUGGGUCCGGUGAGAUACAGUUGAAUUUUUUGGAGUGGCUGAAUCUGUCGAUGGUGUAGUGGAGCUCUGACUGUUUACAACCGAGGAGUCACUAUUUAUCUGAAUAAAUUCUGAAUAUUUUUAUGGUGAAUGUCAGUUUAUUUUUCUGUUGUGAUUAAAUUGAUUCAAAUUUUGAGAGAAAACAAUUACUGAUGCUCUGAUUAUCAAUAAACAAAAUAAUGGCACGGUCAAAUAAUUGUGUUUAUUCAGUCAAUUAAAAAAUAUAUAUAUUUGCAGAGUUUAUAUGUCCUGAUCGUUCAUGAAGUAACUUAAAUGGCUUAGUUAGACGUUGUUUGAAAUACAGCUAUUCAAUUACUUGAAGAUUAAAGUUAAAAAUUAAAUGUUAAAGUUUGAUACCACUCAUAUCUUUAUUGUACCUGUCCAGCACACUUUGUAUAAAAUUGUAAAAUCUUUACAAUAACCAGUGUGUCAACAUUAUGAGCUGUUGUAGUGUCUAUGUUAACCCUCAACAAAAAGGUAAAACAUUUCCCAGACUUCUUUUCAUGCAUGCAAUAAUUUUUUUUGACUGAUGAAAUCUAUUAGGACUUUGGAAGUUCUAUUAUUUAUAUCGCACAUCUGCGUGGCAUCACUGCCCUUCCUCUGGUAGAUGCUUUUUUUGUAAAGAAGCCUUAUACACACACUCAUAUAUAUGUAAUCGAAACUAUGAGAAACUUUAGCAAAGUUCAGGACUGCUUCAUAUGUGACAACUGCAGUGACUCCACCAAUGGAAGGCCUACAAGGGGUUUCAUACACACAUCGACAUGACUGAGACUAGUCUUCAUUCAAUGUAUCCACUUUACAUACGCUUAAAUACAUGGCACUAUGCUAGUUGGACGUUUAUAGGUAUUUCACUUACAGGUAUGUUAACGAUAUGAAUGUUUUGUAUAUGGGCUAUCCUUUAACACAUGCAGUAUGUGGAAUAUUUUUCCAAAAAUAAAUCUGCCAUGAAUUCCAGAGGGACAUGGGAACCAUUUCAUUUCA